AUGCUACGAUUCAAAGCCGUCCCAUCCAGAACAGGACCUCUCUUUAUCCGCCAUCGAGGCCUACACACGACCCUCCCAUCCUUCACCUCCAGCACCAGCUCCACCUCCGCAACCAACCCCAAGUCGAAACCCCAGUCCAAAGAUCCCCUCGCGCAGUUCUACUCCAACAGCCUCCACCUACCCCGGACCGCAUUCCCUCUUCGUGCGGACGCGAAGAACAGGGACGGUUUGUUCUUUGAGAGAUGUACGAAGGGAUUGUACGAGUGGCAGAAGGUGAGUUUGGAGGUGGGAAGCGGCGAAAGUGGGGGUGAGCUGAACGAGGCGGAGUGGAGACGGUCUGUGGGGCGUAUAUGCUGAUGGGUAUUGGUAUGGUUCUAUCGGCGCUGUCAGGAUCAGGAUCGACCGUUGUGGGUCCUGCAUGAUGGACCGCCCUAUGCGAAUGGGAGCCUACACACUGGUUCGUAGAUCCUUCCCACAGCAAGCCAGGAAUUUUAUAGCGCCUCGCAGAAACUAGAUCUGGCUUAGCCAAGCAUGAACACCUUUUAACAGGCCAUGCGUUGAACAAGAUCAUCAAGGACAUGAUCAAUCGCUUCAAACUCAUCUCGGGAUACCGGAUAAAGUACGCUUAGCUUUCGGGGAGCCGCGCGCAAGCCAACCUAUAGGUGAAGUCUUACUUUCUCUUCUCCCCAGCUACAUCCCAGGCUACGACACCCAUGGACUACCCCUCGAACUCAAAGCCCUCUCAACACUAGGCAAAUCCGCCUCCUCUCUGACACCUCAACAAAUCCGAUCGGCAGCGAGAAAGGAAGCUUUGGCGGGCGUCGAGUUGCAGACGAACGAGUUCAAGACGUUUGGCGUAAUGGCCGAUUGGGAGGGGAGGUACGAGACGCUGCGGUGGGAAUAUGAAAAGAGACAGUUGGGCGUCGUGAGGGAGAUGGUCAGGAAAGGUGAGAUUGGGAUUAUACUUUUUUUACAAAGCGAAGUUUCUUGCUGACCCCGCUCGGGACGGAAAAUUUAGAUCUGAUCGUGAACCACCAAAGACCGACCCUCUACUCACCCUCAUCGAGGACCGCAUUGGCUGAAGCCGAGUUGGAAUACAAGGAGGACCACGUAUCCCGAUCGGUAUAUGUCGGAUUCAAAAUUGCUUCACUCGGCUCUGAGCUGGUCGAGGUUCUGAGAGAUCAAGGGGUGGAGGAGAGCAAGAUGGGGAACAUCGAACUAGCGGUGUGGACAACUACGGCUUGGACUUUGCCUAGUAAUGUGGUAAGCUCAACAACUUCCUUGGCCAAGACUUUUUUUACGAACCGUUGACUUGAUGGAUUGCUGUCCAGGCCGUGGCUAUUUCCGAGACGAUGGACUAUUCCCUCGUCGAAGGCAUGGAACCGGGCAGGUUGCUCGUCGUCGCAACGGAUCGGAUAGAAGCGUUGUCGGAAAUCUUUGGGACUAAACUGAAGAGUGUGGCGCAGUUUUCAGGUGAGUGCAGGGGAUACGUUCUACAACCGCUCGACGCCAUGACUAAUGAGAAACGGCGCGUCCACAUCUAUUACAGGCUCAUCACUUCUCAGAACGACCUACCUCAAUCCUCUGGCCUCCUCCAACUCUCCCUCCCCACCUCGUCCCAUCUUCCCCGCUUCCUACGUCACCUCCAUCACCGGUACCGGACUCGUCCACACGGCCCCAGCUCACGGCGUAGAUGACUACGACGCUUACCGCUCUCAUCAGACCUCUCAAUCCUCGCAAACGCCUUCGCCGAUUCUUUGUGCGGUUGAUGCGGAUGGGAAAUUGAUCGGAUCUGUUCUCAAGGAGAUGGCCGUUGAUGAGGUGAUCUCUAAGAGGUUGGAGGGCAAGAGUGUCUUGGGAGACGGUACGGGCGCGAUGAUUAAGGUGCUGGAGGAGGUUGGGGUGUUGUUGAAGGAGGUGGAGACGGUGCACAAGUUUCCUUACGAUUGGAGGACCAAGAAGCCUGUUAUCUUCAGGUCGGUCCUAUGAGAUCUCAGGGGGAUGCACUACAUGUUUAUCGUGCCGAAUCGUUCCUACCGAACCUUCGUUACAGGGCCUCGAGUCAGUGGUUCGCGAAUCUUGAAAAGGUCAAGGAUGAUGCCGUCAAAGCGUUGGAAAACGUCUCGUUCCACCCUCCCCGAGGUAGGUUGGAUCUCCCUUGCAUGCAAACACCUGUACUGACCAAGGAGUUUGAUCCGACCCCAGGUCAUAAAACGCUCGCGACCUACGUCCGAGGUCGAUCCGAAUGGUGCAUCUCGCGCCAACGAGCCUGGGGCGUCCCUCUACCCAUCGUCUAUUCCUACCCUGCGGAUGCGACCGACCCCAUCGCCUCAUCUAUACCCCUUCUCACCCCUUCCAAUGUCGACCACAUCAUAAGCGUCCUCGACUCCCACCUGCAAGGAACAGAUUAUUGGUGGAUAGGGGAAGCCGAAGAGUUCGUCGAACCCAAAGAACUGGAACGUUCGCAGAAGGAAGGUCGGGCCUGGCGCAAAGGGUUCGACACCAUGGAUGUCUGGUUCGAUUCCGGGACCUCUUGGACGCUCCUACGUGAACUCGGAGUCAGGUCCUCCAAGGGAGAGGAAGGCAAACCUUGGGCCGAUCUAUACCUCGAAGGAUCAGAUCAACAUCGCGGUUGGUUUCAGAGCUCUUUGUUGACUGCUGUGGCGGCAGAUGGGAGUGGGAAGGCACCCUAUGCGAAUGUGUUGACGCAUGGCAUGGUGUUGGAUGAGAAGGGGAGGAAGAUGAGUAAGAGCUUGGGCAACGUGCUGAGUCCCGCGACGAUCAUUCAAGGUGGAAAGGUGAGCUUUUACAUCCUCUCGCUCUCGCCCUUGAACUACCGGGACUAAUUCGUCGUCGGCACAUACCUGUAGAACCCCAAAACUCAACCAGCGUACGGUGUCGAUCUCUUGCGGAUGUGGGUCGCUUCGGUCGACUCGACCAAGGACGUCUUGAUCGGGCCUUCGAUCCUCGCGCAAACGUUCGAGACCUUCCGCAAGAUUCGGAACACGGCGAGAUUCAUCUUGGGCAAUUUGACGGCCACGGAAGGGUCCAAGAAUACAGAGAUCGACAUUGAGGUCGAGCAAUUGGGAUUGGUGAGUCCUCGGGAUGAGAGGGUAGGAAUGAAGAGGCUGAUCGGAUGUACUGGGUCGCACUUAGAUUGAUCGGUAUAUCCUACAUGAACUCUACGUCUUGGAAAAGACAACUCGAGAGGCGUACGAGAUCUUUAACUUUAGUCGAGGUGAGUUGUGCUUCACCCUACAAGCCCUUGACUCACGCCAUCACUGCUGAUUCUUGCCUCACUCCUCCCCAGUCUAUCAAUCCCUCGCCUCCUUCUCCAACACGACCCUCUCCUCCUUCUACUUCGACAUCAUAAAAGACCCCCUCUACUCCGAUCCCAUCGAUUCGACUCGACGUCAGCACAUCGUCUACAUCUUGAACCGCGUCUUGGACUCGUAUACGAUGGUGUUGGCUCCGAUUGCUCCAUUAUUGGCGGAGGAGAUUCACCAUUUCUCAACAGGGGCGAUGAGAGAUCCGGUUGCUGGGGAGGGGGAAUCCGCUUCAAGCGUGUUUGAGAAGCUUUGGAAAGAGCCGGUCAGUUGUCGCAUCGAAGAAGAUGACGAAGCGGAACUGAGCGAAAGACUCGAUUUCUACACUCCAGAAUGAGCGAUGGAUGUCCUCGGAGGCCAAAAAUGAGAUGGACGAGUUAUUGAUCGUUCGGGAACAGGUCAUGGGAUUGCUCGAACAAGCCCGCGCUGAGAGGUCAGUCGGCGAAAGAAUGAGCAUGUCUGCGAUGACAUCAUGCUUAACAAGUUACAGUUCCUCUUUACUGCAGAUUGAUCGGAAGCUCGACGGAGGCACUCGUUGAGAUUGAGAAUACGUCUCCACUCGUGCAGAAGCAUCGUGAGCAUUCACGGGCUGUCGUCGAAGGAGGUUCACGGUGCGCCAUCACUGAUGCUAGUCUCCUGCGCAGAUGACUCCCUCUCGGCACUCUUCGUCGUGUCCGACGUCGUAUUCUCCCCGGCGAACGAGUCACGAACUUCGCUCGAAGGGACAAGUCGAUCAUUCGACAUGACUCUCCCAUCAGGUAUGAAGCUCGUCGUCACCCCUUCAACGAACUACAAAUGUCCUCGAUGCAGGAGUCACUCGGUACCUAAGGAGAAAGAGGUCGGACACGUCUGUGAGAGAUGUGAGAUCGCAUUGCAGGGGAAGGAAAAGCCUUCCGUUAUGACCUGA